UCCUGCAAUGCAAGAAGAAGCUAAUAAAGACACCAUGAGAACGCCAGCGACCCUUGAGAAAGCCAAUAACGGCGAGCGCCCCGUGUCCGGCGUGACGUCAGUGAACAUCCCUCUGGUCAACGAGGUCCAGCUGACCGCGGCAACCGGCGGGGCGGAGCUGUCCUGCUACCGAUGCACAGUCCCGUUCGGCGUGGUCGUGCUCAUCGCGGGCAUCGUUGUCACCGCCGUGGCUUACAGCUUCAACUCGCACGGAUCCACCAUCUCCUACUUCGGCUUGGUGCUCCUGUCGUCCGGACUGUUGCUCUUAGCGUCCAGCGUGGUCUGCUGGAAGAUGAGAAUGGAGAGGAAGAAGGAAAGGCGACGGGAGAGCCAAACUGUCCUGGUCACGAAUCACAGGAGUAUUUUUACUUGAACGACACCGUC